CCGAAAGGGACAAAGCGGUCAAGAAGAUGGAUGGAUGGAUGAAAAAUGUACAGAACGCUUACAGUUUGAAAAUCCAUGGAGGACAGUGACUUGGACGCCUGAGGAAAGGAAGAAGUUGAUGGAGAAAAUUAAAUCCUACAAACAUCCAAAAAGCUCCUUGUUCAACGCUCGGAUUUUAGUUGUUGGAGCAGUUGGAGCUGGAAAGUCCAGCUUCUUCAAUUCUUUCAAGUCUGUAUUUAGAGGUCAUGUCACCAACCAGGGCAUGGCUGGAAAUCUAUCCGGCAAAAGCCUGACAACACAGUUUUGCAGCUUUACUGUGAAGCCUGAACCUGAAGGUGAAUCUCUGCCACUCGUCAUUUGUGAUACCAUGGGACUGGAGGCAGACGAGGAGAGGGGGAUUCAUAUUGAUGAUAUCACUAACGUCAUCAAUGGUCAUGUACUUGAAGGUUAUCAGUUCAACCCCUCUGUUCCUCUGAAACGUGACGCUCACGGUUUCCGCAAGAAUCCAAAACUCAAAGACAAGAUCCACUGUGUGGCUUAUGUCGUAGAUGCCACCAAUGUCUCCAUCAUGCCCCAAAAUAUGGAGAAGAAACUGAAAGCUACCCGCAAGACAGUCAACUCGUCACGGGUCCCUCAGCUGGUGUUGCUCACUAAGAUAGAUGAAGCCUGCCCUCUGGUGAAAAAAAAUAUCAGAAAAGUCUACAAGAGCACGUACAUCAAGGAAUUAAUGCAGGAGGCUUCCGCUCGGGUCGGUGUACCUUUGUCCUGCGUUGUUCCAGUGAAGAACUACAGUGAGGAGCUGGAAUUAGACAUGAACACAGACAUCCUGCUGCUCCAUGCAGUUGUUCAGAUACUUCGCCUUCUGGAUGACUUCUUUGAUGAGCCCAGAGGCUGAAUGACUGAAUUACUGCUAUCCUCCUCUUAGCCUUUUCGCUGUUCCCAUCAGAGAUAACUACAGCAAAUCAUGUCUCCAUCUGAUCCUAUCCUCUUCUCUUCAGGCUCUUCACUCAUAGCAACAAUCCUUAUGUCCUUCCUAUAUGUACAUUCACGUAUCUUCUUUUUGGCCUUCCUCUUCACUUUACAGCAAAUAUGGGUUGACUGUAAUUCUUGUGUCAGAAAUUAUUUUCACAGCUGAAUGAGUUUAAAUAUUUGGGUAUUGUAUUUUUAGGGUUGAGUGUAAGAUUGAUCAAUACAUCAUUGUGAUGUCUGCAGUAAAAUAUACUAUUCCAGAUUGUCAUUUAAUAAAGCUUUGGUUUGUUAAA